GCCGUCGGUGCCACGGCGAUAGCCAUUCGCCCGUCCGCCGGCACCCGCGCCUGGCGCCCGCACUCACGCCUGCGCCUCGCGCUCUCUCCCGACCUCUCAACCCGCCAUCAAUGGUGUUUGUGAAUAUCCUUACAGAACUUCUGCAACAAAUUUCGAGUAGCACAAUCUACCCACAUCAUGGACAAGGAUCACGCGCUAGAGGAGAUGAUGGGGAAGCUCGGAGACUUCGGGCGGUACCAAUGUUUCCAGUUCAUACUCCACAUUCUGGCUGCCAUGACGGCUGGUAUGCACAUGUUGUCCCUGGUGACUGUGGCUGCGGUACCUGAUCACAGAUGUGCUCUACCUGGAUUAGACAACGCAACUCAAAGUGUACAGUGGAAUUCUUCAUUAGUAUUGCAGGCUAUCCCUUUAAAUGAUCAUGGAAAACUAGAGUCCUGCAAGAUGUACGGCGUUAAUAAAACAUUGGAAGACUGCCAUGCAUGGGUUUACAACGAGCAGUAUUUUACGUCAUCACGCGGCAUCGAGUGGGACUUCGUUUGCAGUCGCCGGUGGAUGGGCGCGACAGCACAAACCGCAUACAUGUUCGGAGUAGUCAUCGGCUCCCUGGUACUUGGACGUCUCUGCGAUAAAUUCGGAAGAAAGACUGUAUUCGUCUGGUCCGGAAUACUUCAACUACUUUUCGGCGUCGUUGUAGCUUUCACCGUUGACUACUACUCUUUUGUCGCCGUCCGAUUCCUCUACGGCAUAUUCGGUUCCGGGUCGUACAUCGCCGGAUUCGUACUAACAAUGGAACUAGUCGGGCCGAGCAAGCGCACAAUAUGUGGUGUCAUGUUUCAAAUCAUGUUCGCCGUCGGAAUAAUGCUGCUGGCCGCAUGGGGAUACCUCAUUGAUAACAGAUUCUAUUUACAAAUUGUUUAUGCUUUACACGCCGUGGUGCUGCUUCCUCAUUGUUUGUUGAUGGACGAGUCCCCGAGGUGGCUCUGGGCCCAGGGUCGAGCUCGCGAGUCUGUCGCUGUUAUAGAAAAGGCAUUAAAAAUUAAUAAAUCUACCGAUAUAAUCGACACUCCAGCUCUGGUAUCUCAUUGCAAGGCUACCUGUGCGAAGUACACCGACGAGCAUUCUGCCGGAACCUCCGAUCUUUUCAAAACUCCAAAUAUGCUUAAAAAGUCUCUAAUUAUUUGCGGUUGCUGGUUCGCUAAUUCUGUAGUGUAUUAUGGCCUUUCUCUUAACACGGGAAAAUUAAAUGGAAAUCCGUACUUCAUUAUGUUUUUGAUGGGCGUUGUAGAGUUGCCAAGUUACGUUAUAAUUGUGUACUUUAUGGACCGAGUUGGUCACCGUGCGCUGAUCAGUAUGAUGAUGUUACUCGGCGGGAUCGCUUGCCUCGUUGUAGUGGCUCUACCUCACGGGUCUAACUCGGCCACUGGAGUAGUUAUGGUUGGAAAGCUAUUCAUAUCUGGUUCAUAUUCGAUAAUUUACAAAUAUUCAGCUGAACUAUUCCCCACUGUGGUCAGAAGCUCCGGUGUGGGUUUAGGCAGCAUGUUCGCCAGUGUAUCUGGUGCUCUCACCCCUUUGAUCAGUUUACUCGAUACCCUCAACCCGAAAAUCCCAACCAUCAUAUUUGGUUUCAUAGCUAUCUUAUCUGGGUUCUCUACAUUUUUCUUGCCAGAAACAAUCGGUCGUAAUCUGCCACAAUCUCUUGAUGACGGUGAGCGAUUUGGUGUCGGAGAUACUUGCUUCACUAACUGUACUGGUAGAAGAAUGAGUGAUAGUUCAGUAGAGAUACCUGAAACCAUGGUACCUCUUGAGGGAAUUGAGAAGAAACAGUAACGUCGAAAAUAUAACAAUUAUGGGUAAGCUUGGUUAUAAGAUCGUUUGUUUCUCGCAUUUAAUUAGAUUGUCGAGAUAAUUACGACUUCUAAUAUAGCUAUAAUGUUCUAGAAUAUGUGUUCUAGAAACGAAAAUGACAUAUUUUUGACAGUGAAUCUUUGAGUAGGUAAAAUUCCCAGAACGUACUGUUACAACAUGGCCACUAGUGAUUGAUACCAAACAUAACUUGCCAAUAACGCUCUCUAUCGAAAACAUUGUAUGUACAUUUGUACCCUGUGAUUUGGCCGCUUAUAACUUCUGUAAAUUAUAAUCCACCUAAAUUAAAUACUUACCUGUGUCUAUCGAAUGUAUGACCCGGUUUAUUAAUAGGUACUUACGUAAAUACAAUUACAGUGGCAAAUGCAUUUGUGAACAAUAUUGUACUACAUAAUUAAUUUAAUACUUAGGUACUUAGUAAAUACGUAAGAUUCACAAUUGGUUUCUUUAAUUUUAUUUGUAUAUUUAGGUGUACCUUUGCAGGUACCUAAUGAAAGAAUCUAACAAACAGCAGAGGUGCGAGUACUACAUUCUUGACCACUAACGCUAAUGUAGUACAAUAAUGUGUUUCCCCGGGUUCAAAGACGGUCAAUGUAAUUUACAUAAUGAAUUCAUGCUUGUAAGAAUCCUGUUUGCCACUAGCCACUUUAUAGAGCCUUGUAUAUUUGGGGAAACGCGAAAUCUUCAACAUUCAUCUUGCGAUAGAUGUACCUCUGACUAGCCCAAUUGGGAAUAUUGUCUUGUGCUUAUGUUAUGUACUUAUAUUAGGGGAAACACGUUUGAGAACGGUGGCUAGGCUACAUACAGCAUAUUUUCUAUGACACUCCUUAUUAGGCAUUGGAGGAAUAUGCUUAAUAUUCCCUGCUCGAUAGACGCAGGGAGUCCUGUGCCCAGCAGCAUUAGCAUUAUUUUAUAUGGAGGCUGUCUAUUAAAAACCAGUGUACGAAAUCUAUUUCACAAAGAUUAAGGAAUUAAAAUUGUUAGUACAAUUAACAAUAAUAACUCUUAUUGUCUUCAGUCGUAGCAUAGGUUCAAAUACCUAAGUCUUUUGUAUUAGAAACUAGAAUUAAUAUUUACUAGUCGAUAGACUUAUUUGUUUUAGUUUAUUAUUUAGGUCGUGGCGACUGUUUAGCAUAGGAUAUUUUGAUAUAUCUCUCAGCUUAGUAUAAUUACUAGUCGCUACAGUUAGGCAAGACCUACAUGUAUCAAAUACAUAGGCAAAUUCUUAACUGCAUCUAAUGACGCUUUAUACAUGACCGAAAAAUAUAAUCUCCUACUAAUUAUGAAAUAAAGUUCUUAAGUAAGUGUACCUCUAUAGAUACUUACUACUUAUAUAUUUAGCCACCUUACUAUAAGUAAUAAUUACACACUUGAAUAUCGUCGUUAGACUUGUUAAUUGCAACCUAUUGUUCUUUCACAGGCAGUUAUUUCUAGUAAUAAUGCUGUCAAGGUAUAUCUAGAUUAGGUAUACAUGAUACCUAUUUAUGACGUUUACAAAGAAAAAUGUUUUAAUAUGUUUAGAAUUUGUUUUAAAAUAAUGUUUUCAAUAUAAUGCAUUCAGUUAAAUGAGGGCCUUUCCAGGCUACGUUCCUCAAAAACAAUAUAGAUUGCGCUGUAAAGAUUUUCCUUCGUUUAAUCUUUUAAUUUCAUGGAUAACAGACGUGAAGCUUUUAUCUUUGUUUAUGGGUAUAAAUGAUGACUUUUUUAUUACACCCAGACACGAUUACAUCUUCCACCCAUUAUUAUUCUGUUCAAAAUAAAGAGAAGCAAUAAAGGUAGCAACACAA